AUGACGUUUCGUCAUAAUGAUAGUAAUUCCGAAAAUGAUAUCACGAAAAAGGAAUCAAAUAAUCGGAAUAAUAAAGAUACAUCGAGUCACAUUUCAGUUGAGAGUGAUAACAUAUCAAUAGUAUCUGGUGAAAAACAUCGAUUUACCUUUUUAUCAAGAAUUCCUCUAUUAAGAAAGUCAACAAAACCAUUGAAGAAUACAUCAAAUCGUCGAAUAAAAUUAUUAGAAAUUUAUAAAUUUGCUGACAAAGUUGAUAUUCUUCUAAUGAUUAUUGGAAUAAUUGCUGCAUUGGCCACUGGUGUUUCUUAUGCAACAAUGUUUUAUUUUAAUCGCCAGCUACUUGAUAACCUUAUUCUUUUGGGCAAUAAUAGCAUGAAAACAACAAGUACAAAUCAAUAUCCAGCUGAUUCAAAUGAAUGUCAAGCCACCUAUUCAUCCAAUGAAUAUAAUAUAACAUUACCAUAUAAUGCUAUACAAUCGAUUAGUAAAAAUUAUAUUAUCCUUGGUUGUAUAAGUAUAUUUCUUUAUUGGGUGGCAUGGGCAAGUUGGAUGACUACAGCUGAAAGACAAAUACGACGUAUUCGUUAUAAACUUUUUCGAAAUAUUCUUUAUCAAGAAAUCGGUUGGUUUGAUGUUCAUAGUAUUGGUGAAUUAAACAAUCGUCUUAAUGAUGAUCUAGAUAAAGUUAAAAACGGCAUCAAUGAAAAAGUACCGGAUUUUGUGUCACUAGUUUCAAGAGCAAUUUGUCUGCUUAUAUAUGGUUUGAUAAUUGGAUGGAAAUUAUCACUUGUCUUUUUAUCAGUAUCACCUUUAUUUAUUCUUAUGUAUAAAAUAACUAUUGUAAUAAUUGUUAAAUACAGUGCCAAAGAGAUAGAAGCAUAUAGUUUAGCAUCAUCAAUUACUGACGAAGCAUUAGGAAAUAUUCGAACAGUAACAUCAUUUCAUGGUCAACAGAAAGAGGAAGAGCGAUAUAGCCAGAAUCUAUUCUCAGCAACAAAAGUUGGAAUUAAAAAAAGUUUGUGCAUGGGUGUAAGUCAAGGUCUUGGACAACUUCUCAGUUUUUCAGCUAUUACAUUAACAUUUUGGUAUGGUUUGAAAUUAACACGAACUGAAAGUCAGCAUUAUACACCUGGAACGUUAUUCAUGGUAUUAACCUCAUGUCUAACUGCAACAGUUUUAGCAACACAAUUUAUCCCAUGCUUUCGCUCGUUUGCAGAAGCGUCAGCUAGUGGAAGUUUUGUAUUUGAUAUGAUCGAACGAAAGACAAAAAUUAAUGUUUCGGAUGAUGAAGGAAAGAAACCAGAAAUAAUCAAGGGUGAUAUUGAAUUUAAAAAUGUAAAAUUUAGUUAUCCUACACGACAAGAAUCUUAUAUUUUACAAAAUUUCUCAAUGAAAAUACCAUCUGGUAAAACGAUUGCUUUAGUUGGAGCAUCUGGUUGUGGCAAAAGUACUAUUAUUCAAUUGAUACAACGUUUCUAUGAUUCAGAUAAUGGUCAAAUAUUGAUUGAUGGACAUGAUAUAAAAACAUUGAAUGUGGCUUGGCUUCGUUUACAUAUUGGAAUUGUUAGUCAAGAACCAGUUCUGUUUGAUGGAUCGAUCGAAGAGAAUAUUCGAUUAGGAAAACUAGAUGCAACAGAUGAGGAAGUUAUUGCUGCAGCUAAAUUAGCUAAUGCACAUAAUUUCAUUAUGGAUUUUCCUGAGAAUUAUAAGACAAUAUCAGGUGAUAAACUAAGUGGUGGUGAAAAACAACGAGUUGUUAUUGCUCGUGCACUCAUCUCGAAUCCAAAAAUCUUAUUAUUAGAUGAAGCAACUAGUGCAUUAGAUUAUACAAGUGAACGAAUUGUACAAGAUGCAUUAGAUAAUGCAAAACAAGGUCGAACAACAAUUGUUGUUGCACAUCGUUUAAGUACUAUUCGAAAUGCCGACAUAAUUAUUGGAUUGAAUGAUGGGCAAACAGUUGAGUAUGGUACACAUGAUGAACUAAUGAAAUACAAAGGACUUUAUUAUGAACUAGUAAAUGAGCAAGGUGUAGACAAACAAUAUGAAUCAUUAUCUGAAACAGAUAUGGAAGAAGAAGCUAAAUUAAAGCAAUCAUAUACUCAAGUAUUAUCCACCAUUCGUGAAAAUAUCAGAGAAUUGAACGACUAUAUUGAAGAGAAAGAAAUUGAUGAUACUGCAACAUCAUUAUUCGAUGAUUCUAUGGAGAAAAAGCAAAAGAAAAAGUUUCAUUUAAUGUUUCUAUUUCAAAUAUUAAAAUUUAACAUACCAGAAUGGCAUUGGAUCUUAAUUGGUUGUAUAGCAUCCCUUAUUCUUGGUGUUAUUUCACCAGCAUUUGCAUAUUUAUAUACGGGAAUUUAUGGUUCAUUUGCUGAAUUAAAUGAAGAUAAACAGACACGAUUCAUGAACUUUUCUACCAUCGGUAUUUUGUUUUUGGGUGUUGUUGGUGCACUUUGUCAAUUUAUUCUAAAUUUUGCAUUUGGAAAAUCUGGUGAAGAACUUACAGCUCGCAUGCGUAGAUUAACAUUUUCAUCUUUACUUCGACAAGAAAUGAGUUAUUAUGAUAUGAAAGAAAAUUCUGUUAAUGUUCUAAGUACACGACUGGCGUCAGAUACAGCAGCUGUUAAGGGAUUAACAGGAAUUCAUAUUGGUAUUAUUAUGCAAGGAUUCAGUGCAUUAGCAGCGUGUUUUACUAUAGGAUUUAUUUCUGGUUGGAAAUUGACUUUAGUUCUUUCAUGUUUCAUACCCAUUCUGUUCUUGUCAAGCAAAUUACAAGGACAAAGGCAAGGUAACGUAAGUAAAACUCAAGAUAAAGAUUCGUAUUCUGAACAAGGUGGGAAGUACGCUUCUGAAGCUAUAAAACAUAUUCGAACUGUAGUCGCUCUCCAUCAAGAAAAUCAUUUUAUCAACAUUUAUGAACAAUUUUUUGAACAACAAUUCAAAAUAAAUAUGUGUUGUCUACAUACAACAGCAUUGGGUGCAGCUGUCGCUAAUUCUUUGAACUUCUUUAUCAUUGCCGUUACUUCUUUGUAUGGUAGUAUGCUUGUUCAAAAAGGCGAAAUGCCGUUUCAAAAUGUAUUUAGGAUCUAUGCAGUUAUCCUGAAUGCAACAGCAAAUAUUGGUAAAAGAAUAGGACAAAAUCCAGCUUAUUCUAAAGCGACACAUGCUGCAAUACGAAUUCUAAAAUUAAUUAAACGUACAUCACAAAUUGAUCCUUAUGAUAAUUCAGGCAUUAUUUUAGAAAAGAUCACAGGUCGAAUCGAAUUUCAACAUGUCUAUUUUCGAUAUCCAUCAAGACAAAAUGUUCAAAUACUUAAGGAUUUUUCAUUAACAUGUGUAAAUAAUAAUUCUACAGCUCUUGUUGGACCAUCAGGAAGUGGAAAAUCAACAGUAAUUGAUUUAUUACAACGAUUCCAUGAUCCAUCAAGAGGAAAAAUUCUUUUGGAUGGUCAUGAUAUUCGUACACUUAACAUUAAAUGGUUUCGUUCACUGAUGGGUGUUGUUCAACAAGAACCAGUUCUAUUCAAUAUUUCAAUACGUGAUAAUAUAGCUUAUGGUGAUAAUAGUAGAGAAGUUUCUCAAGAUGAAAUAGAAAAAGUUGCUCAAAUAGCCAAUAUUCAUGAUUUUAUUAUAUCAUUACCUGAAGGUUAUGAUACAUUGUGUGGAUAUAGAGGUAAUCAAUUAUCUGCUGGACAAAAACAAAGAAUCGCCAUAGCUCGUGCCUUAAUACAUUCUCCAAAUAUUCUUCUUUUUGAUGAAGCAACAUCAGCAUUAGAUAAUAAAAGUGAAUCAAAGAUUCAAGAAACAUUAGAAAAUGUAAAAAUGAAUCGAACUAGUUUGACAAUUGCUCAUCGUUUAUCAACAAUUCAAAAUUCAGACAAAAUUAUUGUUAUUGAUAAAGGUCAAAUGAAAGAAGAAGGUACACAUAAUGAACUAUUGAAAUCAAAUGGAAUCUAUUCAAAGAUGGUUAAUUCUCAGAACAAAUCAACUUAG